AUGAACACAGAUCUUGUCGAAAAGGGCCUAGGAACCCAUUCAUCCUCACCCGUCGGAAAGGAUCAAUUUGCUUUUUUCAAAUCCUUGGUGCUCUGGUCGACCGCCUGGGCCGUUGAUAGCUUCUUCGUCCAGAUGAUUUCGAUGCACGCCAUGUUUCGCCUCUAUGACCGGAGCAUCAAUUCCGCCCUUGGUUGGACCUGCAUUUCCUUCAGCAUCUUGUGGUUCGGCAUGCAACUUUUCAGCCUCACGGGAGAAUUCCCGGGUACCACUGUCGCGAAUCUACAGCGUUGCGCCUCGGUUGAGAACGGCAUCUACAUUACCACGCUGUUCUGGAAGAACAUGUCUUAUGGUCUUGCUCUGUUGCUGCCUCUGACUCAUAUGAGCGAGUACUUGAAGAAUGGAUCCUGGGCUAUUUUUCAUUCAAGUCUCCUGGUGUGGUUCGGCUGCCUAGUCUUUAGCCUUGUUGCCUUCUUGGAGAUCAUGGAAUGGCCCAAUUGGUGCGACAUGACUUUCACGUCUUACCAAUUCGUCAUUUGGGGCACAACAGACCUCUACGUCUCCCUAAUCUUUGCCAUCUUGAUCCCACUGCAGAUUCUAGUGAAACAUCGGAGAGACGAAACCUGUCCAAAUCACGACCCGGAAAAGGCGUGCACUUGCGACACGCCGUGCAACGACCGCUCGAGCGGCGACGACGGUACCCUUCCCCAGCUGGUGCCUCCGACGCAACCACAGCCACAGCCACAGCCACAGCCACAGACACCGGAGGAGUCUGGCAAGACUCAAGAUACCGACUCGGGCUUUGAAUCGGCGUCGACAGUGACAGAGCCAUGGGCGCAAGUGGGCUGGGCAAUGUCGACAUACCCGAUCCCGUCUGUCCACCUGACGGAUGUGGACGAGACAUCUGGUGCAUGCACUGAAGGCUGCUCGUCUUCGUCGUUUCAUGCUUGCUCGUAUAACAACGGCCCCUUCUAUCCUCAAGCGUCGAACGUAUAUUGGUAA